AUGGGUGGCGGGGUUAAAGCCAAGGAGGAGUACCGCCUUGGCUCGUCCAAGGUUUCUCCUGCUCCUGCUGAAGAAGUGGCUGCUGCUGCUCCUGCUGAAGAAGUGGCUGCUGCUGCCGCUGCCAAGGGGAAGAAAUCCAGGGCGAAGAAGGCUGCUGCUCCUGCUCCUGCUGCUGCCGCUGCCAAGGGGAAGAAAUCCAGGGCGAAGAAGGCUGCGUCGCGGAUAGACUUGGACAAGGCUGAAGCCGUUGUGUAUAAAGCCGAUAUGAAGGCGAGGGAGUCUGCCAGGGUAGCCAAGGCCAAGGCCGAGGAGGCCGAAGAAGCUGCCAGGAUAGCCAAGGCCAAGGCCGAGGAGGCUGAAGAAGCCGCCCGGGCCGCCAAGGCGGAUGCUGAGGCGGUCGCCAAGGCGAGAGAAGCCGCAGACGAGGCGAUGCUUCUCUAUGAGAAGGAGAUGGAGUGGGCGCAGUGCGAGGAAGAAUUGAACGCCUCCAUGUUCCGCGGCCGCUGGAACCAACAGCACGCCCGCCACGGCGCCACCUUCCUGGAAAUCACAUCUAUCCCACCUAUGCGUUACACUUACCCUACUCCCGAGGAGAAGGUCUACAUCAAGACCGCGGAAACUCUGCAGAUCGUUUCUCUCAAAAUCGUGUCGAUCAAUGACGACUCUUUACGCUGGCCACUGCAAGUGUUUGGUAUGGUUGCCGUGCGUGAUAUCUUGGAUCACAAGCGCAACAUUAUCUUCCAGCGACAGAGGAAUAACUGCCAAAUCAUCAAUAAGAAUGAUCCGUAUCUAGCAUUGACAGGCCCAAGCCGUGCUGUUGCUGUGUCGAUGGAACCUUCGCACAUUGAGGUUUCGCUGAAAGUGAAGGGGACCACUAAAUCUGAUGAUAAAGACCUAAGCGAGCUAGUUUUGAAUUUUAGAUCUGGAUGCGUGCUUAGUGACGUUUACCCUAGCAGGAUUAGCACAAUUGAAUUUAAAUACGGUCACAUUAUGUGCGCUGUGGAGGCCACGAUCCGCAUAAAAGUCACUGGUGGGUCUUGGCCAGAUGGUUUUCGAGGUAUGUUUACUGCCUACAACACUGGAGCUGAUGACCUGAAAGUCAAGUUACUUGAUUUUGGAGAUGGUGGAUUGCCUGUUGGUGCUGAUGGCAUGGUCAAGCUCUCACGCAGUGUGGUUUCCGUUGACCUUGAGGAGUUGCUCAAAGUCUCUGCCAUGGCAUAUCCUAUUAACGAUGAUGAAGUUGCUGAUAGCAGUGAGGUAGCCUUAAAACCUGAGAUGGCUGGUAUAACUCCCCCAGGUUUUGUGCUGACGGUUGGCUCAUGUAGUAUGGAAGUGAGUGUUGCCUGGUCCCUUUUCCGUCGUGGAUUCUGA